AGAGGGGGAGGAGGCGGCGGUUGCUAGGGCUUGUGCCCAGUUGGCAAGAGUCCAGUUGGCAAGUGGCUUGAGUGGCAGCCGCUGGAUCGUGGCGACCUGUUCAUGGUGUGUCGCUGGACAAGGCUGGCUGCCCGCCCGCCUGGCCGGCUUCCCUCAGCAGCCCGCAAUGAAGCUGCUCUUCCUCGCCAGCCUGACUCCCUGGACUGGCAACAGGACGACGGCGCGGAGAAUUAGUGAAUAUAUAGAGAGUAGCGGCCAUGUGUGUAUACUAGAAGAUAUUGGUGAUUUUACAUCGUCUUCUGAGGUUGCAGACUUCAUCUCCGAGAAGCAAUUUGAUGCGGUGCUGAUAAUCCAUCUCUACAAAGGAGGAAGAUUGCUGUUAGACAGUGAUGUGCCAUAUGGAGUUAUAUUUGGUGGAACAGACAUUAAUGAAGAUAUCAGGGAUGCAAAGAAGCAUGAAGUCAUGGGGAUCAUCCUCCAGAGAGCAAGGUUCCUGGUGUCUUUCACAGAGCAGUUGAAGAGAACAGCCGAGCUGCAUUGGCCAUUCGCUGGCGGUAAGAUUCAUGUACAGCCUCAAGGUGUGGUGACCAGACCAUGUGCAAAAUUUAACUGGAAGGAAUUCCUUCAAAAUUCAGGGAUUCACUUCGAAAGUAUUGAGCCAUACAUCUUCCUUUUGGUAUGUGGACUUCGACGAGUCAAAGAUCCACUCUAUUUGGUGGAUGCUUUUUCAGCUUGGCAUAAAAAAGAACCAUGCAGUAAUUUGAUUAUUAUUGGACCUGUGGUUGAUCCAGUGUUUGCACAGCAGGUGAAAGCCAAAGUCAAGGGUGCCCAUGGGGUCUACCUAGUUUCGGAGAAACCCCAGGAAGAGCUGCAUGCUGCCAUGAGGGCCUCAUUUGCUGUAGUAAACAGCUCCAUCUCCGAAGGGAUGUCUUCUACAAUUCUAGAGGCGAUGGAUAUUAAAGUUCCAGUGCUGGCAAGGAAUAUACCUGGAAACAGAGCAAUAGUAAAACAUGAACAUACAGGCCUUCUCUAUUCCUAUCCACAGGAAUUUGUUGAAUUAUCAAAGAGACUGAUCAGUGAAACUGGUUUGAAGGAAAGCAUUGUGACUAAAGCCAAAGAAUAUGUGGCUAAACACCAUUCCAGGAAAGCAGAGAAGGAGACUUAUCUCGAACUGACUGCAAACCUGCUUUAAAUGAAUUUGGUCAGGUUGACAUUCGAAUGUAAUUCUCUAGAUAUGCUGCUUCAUUAUCUAAUGGCUAGAGGGAGAGGUGCUUGUAAUUUAGUGAAUAUUAUGGGAGAAUAUGGAUAGGUUUUUCAAAAUAAAUAUUUAUCAUUUUUGCAUCAUAAUAGUUGAUCAAGCAAAAUGCAUACUCCAGACAUUUGACUGGAAUAUAGCUUGUGGGCUUCUUGAUGCUAAAUUUAUCCAUCCAGUUUAUGAACACAUUUUUUUAUAUGCUUCCCUAAUCUCUAAGGUAUCAGGGUAUAAAUUUGGCCGUGAAAUAUUGUGUGCAAUCAAUCAAAAAGCCCUAUCUCACACUUACUUGAGUAAGUUAUAUUGUCCAGGGUUUUGUACAGUUUUCAAAUUAAACCAACCAUGUUUACAGCUAAUAGUUAUCACAACUUGAAUUUCCGGGUGGUUUUUAAGUCAACAUCAAGGGGAAUCUGUGGUUGGAGUUUACAGUGAUAUACACUUUGGAAAAAGAAAGAGGAAGAGAAAAUAAUAUUUUAAAAUCCAAUAGUUAUUCAUAGAGAUACAGGGUGGAAACAGGCCCUUCGGUCCAACUUGCCCACACCGAUCAACAUGUCCCUUACACUAGUCCCACCUGCCUGCAUUUGGCCCAUAUCCCUCUAAACCUGUCUCAUCCAUGUACCUGUCUAAUUGUUCCUUAAAUGCUGCGAUGGUGCCUGCCUCAACUACCUCUUCUGGCAGUUUGUUCCGUACACCUUAAUGUGAAAAAGGUACCCCUCAGAUUAAAUCUUUCCCCCUUCACCUUAAACCUAUGUCCUCUGGUCCUCUUCCCCUACUCUAGGCAAGAGACUCUGCAUCUACCCAAUCUAUUCAUCUCAUGACUUUCCUGAGAUGUUCCUGAGAAUGACUGAUGCCUGUUUGAAAUUAGCUGCAAGCCUAUUGAAAAUAAUACCAGUAGAAAUUUAACACCCCUCCUGAUGUCUUCAACCCAAUGGCCUGAUUUGCUAUGUAUACUCAAAUACAUCAAAACUGUGGAAAAUUGAUAAUCCAUUAUCAAACUUGAAAAGCACUUCUAUUUUUAACUUAUUUUAUUUUUAGCACUGAUCUGACAACUGAUGCCCGGUGUUAUUAGCUGGUUGGUGCGAAUCUGAAAACUAGAAAUAUGGGAGGUCUUGAGUUUGUUUGUGAUCGAGUUCGCUCCCAGUUUAUUUUUUUACAUAAUAAUUCGUAGGGGAUUGAUGUUGGCUUGAAACAUUUGAUCUGAAUUUAAAUCCAAUCAAACAAGAUGGCGAUCAUUGCACUUGUGGCAUAGUUACACUUUCUGUCUCUUUUUAAAGUGCACUUUUGAAUUCUUUGAAAUAAUGUGGCUUGUUUAGAUCCUCUGAUACAACACCUACUCGCCAUUUCUGGUUGUAGGUGUUCAUAUUCAUCAAAUAAACAAUCAUUGCAUUAUUAUUUUAUGAUAAUGAUUGAAAGAGAAGUAAAAAUAAUGUGCAUUCAAUUGGAUCACUUUCAUAUAUUUGCACAAUUUUCAAAAGGACAAUCUAAUAUGCAUUAUUUUUCUACUGGGGAUUGUGGUUUAAAUAUGUCUCGUUCUGUUUUGUAAAAAAAAGCUUGAAAUCUUGUUCAGUAAAGAAUUUUUUGCAUUCAA